GAGGAGGAGGAGGAGGAGGAAGGAGCCCCGCACCGCGCUCCGACCUGCCCGCCGCUCCGGAGAGCCUGGCCAGAGGGGGGCUGAGCAUGAAAGAAGAGCCUCUGACCGGAGGUGGACUUGGAGGGGGACUCAGGUCCUGGAUGCAAACCACUGGCGUCCUGGAUGCCCACACGGCUCUGCAAAGUGGUAUUGGGCUGGCUCGGGCCCACUUUGAAAAACAGCCCCCAUCUAACCUCAGGAAAUCCAACUUUUUCCACUUCGUGCUUGCCAUGUAUGACCGUCACGGACAGCCAGUGGAGAUCGAGAGGACGUCUUUCAUCGACUUUGUGGAAAAGGACAGAGAGCAGAACGGAGAGAAAACCAACAACGGAAUCCACUACCGGCUGCAGCUGCUGUACAGCAACGGCCUUCGAACCGAGCAAGAUCUCUACGUGCGGCUCAUUGAUUCCAUGUCCAAGCAGGCCAUCAUCUAUGAAGGUCAGGAUAAGAACCCCGAGAUGUGCCGCGUGUUGUUAACUCACGAGAUCAUGUGCAGCCGCUGCUGUGACAAGAAAAGUUGUGGAAACCGCAACGAGACCCCUUCCGACCCGGUCAUCAUUGACAGAUUUUUUCUCAAGUUCUUCCUCAAAUGCAACCAGAACUGUUUGAAGAAUGCAGGCAAUCCACGGGAUAUGCGCCGGUUCCAGGUGGUGGUGUCGACGACGGUGAAUGUCGAUGGUCACAUCCUUGCCGUGUCUGACAAUAUGUUUGUCCACAACAAUUCCAAGCACGGACGCCGGGCACGACGGUUGGAUCCUUCAGAAGCAGCCACCCCCUGCAUCAAAGCCAUCAGCCCCAGUGAAGGCUGGACGACGGGAGGGGCCACCGUGAUUGUGAUCGGGGAAAACUUCUUCGAUGGGCUUCAGGUGGUCUUCGGCACCAUGCUGGUCUGGAGUGAGUUGAUCACACCACAUGCAAUCCGGGUCCAGACGCCGCCCCGGCACAUCCCCGGCGUGGUGGAGGUGACGCUCUCCUACAAGUCGAAGCAGUUUUGCAAAGGAGCACCUGGGCGGUUUGUCUACACAGCCCUGAACGAGCCAACAAUCGAUUAUGGGUUUCAGCGCCUACAGAAGGUGAUUCCGCGACACCCCGGAGACCCCGAACGCUUACCAAAGGAAGUCCUGCUGAAAAGAGCAGCCGAUCUGGUGGAGGCUUUGUAUGGGAUGCCCCACAAUAACCAAGACAUCAUCUUGAAACGGGCAGCCGAUAUCGCCGAAGCCUUGUACAGCGUCCCGCGCAACCCUAACCAGCUGACGUCCCUGGCCGGGAACCAUGGGCACUCGGGCAUGAUGGGCGUCAACUCCUUUGGGAGCCAGCUGGCCAUCAACAUCAGCGAGUCCACUCAGGGCUCGGAACAAGGAUACCCGCGCAGCGCAAGCAGCGUCUCGCCCCGGAGCUACGUGCCCAGCUCCACCCCGCAGCAGAGUAACUACAACACGAUCACAUCUAGCAUGAACGGCUACGCAGGCGCCACCAUGACUGGUCUUGGGGUUCCAGGCUCGCCCAGUUUCCUCAACGGCUCCACUGCCAACUCCCCCUAUGCCAUCAUGCCAUCGAGCCCACCCCUGGGGGCUUCCUCCACCCCCGCCGGUGUCUUCUCCUUCUCCCCGGUCAACAUGAUCUCGGCCGUCAAGCAGAAAAGCGCCUUUGCCCCCGUUGUCCGGCCCCAGGCCUCCCCGCCCCCCAAUUGCACCAGCGCCAACGGGACCGGCCUGCAAGAGCUUUCAGCCAAGCGGGGCCUCAAUGAGGACCGGUCUGUUGUCUGGGCUGACCGGUAA